AUGCCGGGGCGUGUGAACGCAGGGCUCUGGGACAAGCUGGCGGGUGAGACACUGCCAGAGGAGAAUCCAGAGCACCCAGAGCUCCAACUGGAAUGGGAUUCUGAGAGCUCCUUCUCGGUUGCUUCGCUCAUCAGCAGCGGCAUGGGCACGGUGUUUGGAGAAUACCUCCAGCCUUAUCAGAUGACAGAGGUUCUCCUCGUGGCCAUCGAGGCCUUGACAGCAGACGACAGCUGUGACAGGCAGAUGGGCAGCGACGUCCUGGACAUGGCUGUGACAGACCCUGUGUCCUGGCUGACGGAUGUGCCAAAGAUCAUGAGGUCCAUCCAGACCAACGUGGAGCGCAUCUGCAUGGAGCCAGCCCGGAGCAGCCUGGACUCACUCCUCCUCGUACUGACCAAGUGGUGCCCCAGGGAAGCGGUCAGGAGCCUGUUGGAGAUCUCUCCAACAUGUGACAGCGCUGCCCUGGCCAUGUGGGAGGUGAUGACCUCCGUGCCUUCGGCUUUGUGGACUGUCUUGACGGAGCUGCUCGGGGUGCUCCAGGACCAGCGGCUGCGCAAGGUGUUCAGCAGUGCUGCGGAGGACGCCUGCAUCUAUCCCUUGGCUCUGCUGGUCUGUGCUGACAUUGACAGUGAGGAGUUUGCUGCCCUGUACAAAGCCCAAAGGUUCCUGAGGCAUCCAAGCCCAGUGAUGCUCUCGCUGGUGCUCAGGGGCCUCAUCACGCUUUCAAAGACACCUGAGGCGGCAAGAAAACUACCAGUCCUGCUGCCAGACAUCAUAGAGACCCUGCCAGAUGCCAACACCAAUGUCAAGAAUAAGGCCCUGGUGUUCUGCAGGAACGUGAUGGGCCACAUGAACAGGAAGGAGGCCAACCUCAUCGUUCUGCAGCUGGCAGAGAAGCUCCUGGCUCUCUUUGAUGACGAGUCCAGCCAGGUGCGGGAGCUCUCCAUCAGCCUCUUUGGAGAUGUGAUGAAGACUGUGGUGGGGAGAAAUGAGAAAAAGAUGAAGAAGAAAGUGCAGAGGGUGCUACUGCCGCUGCUCCUCCACAUGAACGACCAGAUGGAGAGCGUGGCCAAGGCCUCGAAGGACGCCUUCCUCACCUGCGCACAGUUCCUGGGGUGGAGGAGGCUCAGCUACCUGGCCGAGACAUGUCAGACACACCUGAUUGCAGAGUUCUUGCUACAGCGCGACAGGAGCAGGGUGGGAGAAUACGUGUGCCAGAGCCAGCCGUACCUGAAGGACGCUCAGGCCAGCUUGCGAGAGGCGGCCGUCAGGUUCAUGGAUGCGGUCUACACACCUGCGUGGUCAAGGGAGGCAGCAGCUGCUGAGAGGGAGCGGGAGCAGCGGCUCCUGGCCGAACGGCUGCACUCCAAAUGGGAGCAGCAGCAGGCAGGGGAGCUCCAGCGGCUGCGGGAGCUGAACCAGCAGCAGCGGGCGGCGCAGAUCCGCCAGCUGCUGCGCUCAAAGGAGGCUGAGCUGCGCGAGCUCCAGGACGUCCUCGGCAAGCUGCGCUGGGACACCAAUGGCGAGCAGGCUGCCCGCAUCCUCCGCCUGCAAGACGAACUGCUGCAACAGAGGAGACUCUUCCAUAAUUACAUCUUGGAGCAGUUCAAGGGCCAGCAGCCUGCUUCCUGCAAGGAGGCCAGGGCCAAGGCUACGGCCUGCCAGCACCUGCAGACCCUCCUGGACACUGGGACCAUCGGGCCCUGCUCUUUGGAGAGCCUCACGGCAUCUCCCUCCUGCCACGCUGGCCUCCAGGAGGAAGGAAGCGGCGUGGAGGUUUUGCUCGAGGCUGUGGGGCAAGACUUGGCGCCGCACAGCUUGCACUCCCCGCCACAAGGAAGUGCCGGCAGCGGGCGGUCUGUGGCAGAGGUGGGCGUUCAGACCGAAUCAGAGAAUCAGGAGGACUGGCUGCUUGGGAGCAGUCAUAGCAGGCUGCUGGAGCAGAACGCCUGCCUCCAGAGCGCCCUGAAAGACCUGGAGAGGCGGUGCCGUGCCCUUCAAGAGGAGAACUGUCUUCUGAGGAAGGGAAGCUCUCCUGAAGUGCGGGAGGAGGUGGAGAAGCUCAAGCAGAAGAGCGCUAAGCUGCAUCUCCUUAAGCAAGCAGCUGUGACACAGGUCAGCGGGCUGCUGCGGAGCGUCUGGAAGGCCGAGCCCGACACGCUGCUGCCCUCCCUGCAGGAACUCUUCGCUGUCAUCUCCACCGCCGGGCUGUGCCUGGAGGAGGAGGCACGCGGAGGCGUGAUGCUCGUGGAUUUGGGUGGACGCGGGGGUGGACGAUGGCCGGGAGGACGUAAGGGAGCUCUGCGCAACUUUUCCCUUCUCCUUUCUAAACAGGGAGAUGACGAAGAGGCAGCGAUUGACCAAGGAAGAACGAGCAACGUCGUCAAUAUUCACUAUGAGAAGGAGGAGUUGGAAGGCCACCGGACCCUGUACGUGGGCGUGCGGAUGCCGCUGGUGAGGCAAAGCCACCGGCAUCACCGUCCCCACAGCCAGAAGCAUCGGGAACGGGAACGGGAGAAGGACUCUGCCCCGACGGAGCAGGGCUACCACUACACUCCGUCCCAGCGAGUGCAGUUCAUCCUCGGGACCGAGGAGGACGAGCAGCACGUUCCCCAUGACUUGUUCACCGAGCUGGAUGAGAUCUGCGUGAAAGAGGGUGAAGAUGCCGAGUGGAAGGAAACGGCAAGGUGGCUGAAGUUUGAGGAGGACGUGGAAGACGGCGGCGAGCGCUGGAGCAAGCCCUACGUGGCCACGCUGUCCUUGCACAGCCUCUCUGAGCUGAGGAGUUGCAUCAUCAACGGGACGGUGCUGCUGGACAUUUGUGCCAACAGCAUCGAAGAGAUUGCAGAUAUGAUCCUGGGCCCGCAAGACCAGUCCACGGAGUUUGACGAGCAUGUGCGGGCAAAAGUUCGAGAAGUCCUACUGAAGAAGCAUCACCAUCAGAAUGAGAAGAAAAGAAACAACCUUCUUCCCAUCGUCCGCUCGUUUGCUGAUGUGAGCAAGAAGCAGUCAGACCUGCACCUCCUUGACAAGCCAGCCCAAACACUCACCCCGCAUCCUUCUCCUACCACUGCAGAAGCUAAAAAUGGGGUGAACCACGAGAGCAACGCGAUGGACUUAAGCAAGGCGCAGCUGCAUUUCAUGAAGAAAAUUCCCACCGGGGCUGAAGCAUCCAACGUGCUCGUAGGAGAGCUGGAUUUCCUUCGCCAGCCCAUCGUGGCAUUUGUCCGCCUGACCCCGGCUGUCCUCCUCUCGGGCAUGACGGAAGUUCCCAUCCCAACAAGGUUCCUGUUUGUUUUGCUUGGACCAGAAGGCAAAGCCCAUCAGUACCAUGAGAUCGGCAGGUCCAUGGCUACUAUCAUGACGGAUGAGGUUUUCCGUGACGUUGCCUAUAAAGCCGAGAACCGGGCUGACCUCGUGGCCGGCAUCGACGAGUUUCUGGAUCAGGUCACGGUCUUGCCGCCAGGAGAAUGGGAUCCAUCGAUCCGAAUCGAGCCCCCGAAAAACGUCCCUUCGCAGGGAAAAAGGAAGAUGCCAGGAGCUCUCGAUGACAGUGCUUCUCACAGCAAGCCAGAGAAACACAGUGGUCCUGAACUGGAGCGCACGGGAAGGCUCUUUGGAGGUUUGAUCCUGGACGUGAAGCGCAAAGCCCCGUGGUUCUGGAGCGACUUUCGGGAUGGUCUGAGCCUGCAGUGUCUGGCGUCCUUCCUCUUCUGUGCCUGCAUGUCCCCUGUCAUCACCUUCGGGGGACUGCUGGGGGAGGCGACCGACGGCCACAUCAGUGCCAUGGAGUCACUGCUGGGCGCAUCCAUGACCGGCGUGGUGUAUUCCCUCUUUGCUGGCCAACCUCUCACCAUCCUCGGCAGCACUGGACCCGUCCUCGUGUUCGAAAAGAUCCUCUACAAAUUCUGCAAGGAGUACGCGCUCUCCUAUCUCUCUCUGCGGGCCUGCAUCGGGCUGUGGACUGCCUUCUUCUGCAUAGUGCUGGUGGCCACCGACGCCAGCUGUUUGGUGUGCUACAUCACCCGCUUCACCGAAGAAGCCUUCGCCUCCCUCAUCUGCAUCAUCUUCAUCUACGAGGCUCUGGAGAAGCUGAGUCACCUGCGAGAGACCUACCCUGUGCACAUGCACAGCAAGCUCGACUUCCUCACCGUCUACUACUGUAAGUGUGAGGCACCAAGCCAUCCCAGCAAGGCAACCCUGCGUUUCUGGGAGAGCAACGAGAUCAACGUGUCUGGCAUCGCCUGGGAAAACCUCACGGUGACUGAAUGUCGGUAUUUGCAUGGAGAGUUUCACGGACCUGCCUGUGGACGCAAUGGCCCCUACGCGCCUAAUGUCCUCUUCUGGUGCUGCAUCCUCUUCUUCUCCACCUUUGUCCUGUCGAGCUUAUUGAAGAAGUUUAAAAGCAGCCGUUACUUCCCAACCAGAGUGCGGUCCACAAUAAGUGACUUUGCUGUUUUCCUCACCAUCGUCAUCAUGGUGCUCACUGACUUCAUGACUGGGAUCCCGUCACCGAAGCUCCACAUCCCCCAUACGUUCAAGCCUACCAGAGACGACCGCGGGUGGUUCAUCAACCCCAUAGGACCCAACCCUUGGUGGACGGUGGUGGCUGCGCUCAUCCCAGCUCUGCUUUGCACCAUCUUGAUAUUCAUGGACCAGCAGAUCACGGCUCUUAUCGUGAACAGGAAGGAGCACAGGCUGAAGAAAGGAUGCGGGUACCACCUGGACCUCUUCAUGGUGGCCGUGAUGCUGGGGGUGUGCUCCGUGAUGGGGCUGCCGUGGUUUGUGGCUGCGACCGUCCUGUCCAUCACCCACGUGAAUAGCCUCAAAGUAGAGUCUGGCUGCUCAGCUCCAGGAGAACAGCCCAAGUUUCUGGGGAUACGAGAGCAGAGAGUCACUGGCUUGAUGAUCUUUGUGCUCAUGGGCUGCUCAGUCUUCUUCACUUCGGUGUUAAAGUUUAUACCAAUGCCUGUGCUUUAUGGCGUCUUUCUCUACAUGGGUGUGUCGUCGCUCAGAGGAAUUCAGUUCUUCGAUCGCUUGAAGCUGUUUGGGAUGCCGGCGAAACACCAGCCGGAUUUCAUCUACCUGCGGCACGUCCCCUUGCGAAAGGUGCAUUGCUUCACCAUGAUCCAGCUGAUCUGCCUCGUCCUGCUCUGGGCCAUCAAGGUGUCGCGUGCCGCCAUCAUCUUCCCCAUGAUGGUUUUGGCUCUCGUUUUUGUCCGGAAAGUGAUGGAUUUCUGCUUCUCGAAGCGAGAGCUCAGCUUUCUGGAUGACCUUAUGCCAGAAAGCAAGCAGAAGAAGUUGGACGAUGCCAAAAAUGAAGCCAAAGAAGAAGAGGAGUCCCAGAAGGUGAUGGAAGCUGCUGCUGCAAAUUGGGUUCAACUGAAAGUGGGGAAGACCAGCGACUUGGAUAUCCCACAGCAAAGCAGCGACAGGACCGAUCCUUCCGAGAUUAAUAUCUGGGAUGAAAUGUCGAAAACGACCGUGUGGAAGACUCUCCCUAUGAACACAGAAACAGUCUGA